CGGCGGGUUAGUUGGUGAUUCCCUGCGCACCGUGGCUGAGCUGCGCGCCUCGCCCCUUCAGCACCAUGACGCUGAGAUCACAUCGGGAGGGCGGUGCAGAGGAGAGGAAGAGACAGAGAGAGAAAGAAAAAAAGGAGAGAGAGGAGGCUACGUGUUGCUGCGCAGCAACAGAUAGAAAGAAGACCCAGAGAGGAACACAGAGAGGAAUUCCCCACUGCUCAAACAGAAGCGGCUGUCAGGGCGUAUCAGUCCUGUUCUUUUUCUCUUUCUUUUUUUCUUUUUUGGCUCCCAGAAUUCACAGAAAUAAAUCUACAGCCUACCUGUAGGUGGAGGCGCUGCAAGCCCCUCCCAAAUCCCCCCCCCCCACCCAUCCUAUGAAUGAAGGAUGUGAGAGCCGACGGCUGCAGCAGCAGUAGAAAGCCUCCGGGUGCAUUCAGACACUUAAAGGAGUAGAUAGUGUUCUCUGUCUGGAGGCAACACUCUCUUUAACAGCGGAUCCUCUGGAACGGUGUCGCCCUCUUUCUGUUCGGUAGAAACUGGAAUCAGUUCGGAGCUCGGAGGACAAAGGUCCAGAGGUUGCCCUCUGACUGCGAUGAGCCGCCGCUAAACAUGAAGAGUGUUUCAGAGAAAUCGGUGAAUUGAUCGACCGUUUGAAGUAAGUUCUCUUUGUUUGAACAAGCUACAGAAACAAGCAGCUCUUCUUUGUCUUUUGGAAUAGAGGCUUGGAAAGCAAUGCGUUAGUUUAGGUAUCUAAGUAUGGAAACAGCUAAUUAAAGCAUCAAAGCCUUGUCAUUGCGGGCAGUUGAACUAACUUAUGCUUUCUUCUUGUCUGCCAAUGUGUCUUCUUCGUCAAUGUGUUUGGUCUGCCACUGUCUCUCUUUGUCUCUUCCUUUCAUCCUUUCAUUUUGUGCGCCCCGCAUCUGUGUGUGUGUGUGUGUGUGUGUGCGCGCGCGUGAGUGUGUGUGUCUUUCCCUCUUUAAAGGCAUGACGGGUCAGGUCCUUAGGGACACGACCGCCGGGGCUCCCAUGGACGACAACGCGGGCAUCCGCAUCAACGUGGGCGGCUUCAAGAAGCGUCUCCAGUCGGACACGCUCUCCCGCUUCCCCGAGACCAGGCUGGCGCGCCUCCUCCAGUGCCAGUCCAAGGAGUCCAUCCUGGAGCUGUGCGACGACUACGACGACGCGGAGAAAGAGUUUUACUUCGAUAGGAACCCCGCUCUCUUCCCGUACGUGCUCAACUUCUACAACACGGGGCGACUGCACGUCAUGGCCGAGCUGUGCAUCUUCUCCUUCAGCCAGGAGAUCGAGUACUGGGGCAUCAACGAGUUCUUCAUCGACUCCUGCUGCAGCAGCGCCUACCACUGCAGGAAGAUGGACCAGGACAGGGACGACUGGGACGACAGGAGCGACGAGGGAAGCACCACGUCGUCAUUCGACGAGCUGCUGGAGUUCUACAACGACGCCACCAAGUUCGACAAGCAGGUGCUCGGGAGCGCGCGCAGGCGCGUCUGGUUGAUGCUGGACAACCCCGGGUACUCCGUGGCCAGCCGCAUCAUCAGCAUCCUGUCCAUCCUGGUGGUGCUGGGCUCGAUUGCCACGAUGUGCAUGAACAGCAUGAGCGAGUUCAGCGUGCUGGACAGCAGGGGGGAACCCACGGAGGACCCGCGCUUUGAGACGGUGGAGCACUUCGGCAUCGGAUGGUUCACGCUGGAGCUUGUGACCCGGUUCGCGGUGGCCCCCGACCUGCUGCACUUCUUCGACCACCCGCUGAACGUCAUAGACCUGGUCUCCAUACUGCCGUUUUACCUGACGCUCCUCAUCAACCUGGUGGUGGAGAGCAGCCCGGCGCUCGCCAACCUGGGCCGCGUGGCGCAGGUCCUGCGACUCAUGCGAAUUUUCCGCAUCCUGAAGCUGGCCCGCCACUCCACCGGCCUGCGGUCCCUGGGGGCCACCCUCAGGAACAGCUACAAGGAGGUCGGCCUGCUGCUCCUCUACCUGGCCGUCGGCGUGUCGUUCUUCUCCGUCAUGGCCUACACGGUGGAGAAAGAGGACAGCGAGGACCUGUCCACCAUCCCCGCCUGCUGGUGGUGGGCCACCGUCAGCAUGACCACCGUGGGCUACGGAGACGUGGUGCCCGUCUCCAUACCGGGCAAACUGACCGCCUCGGCCUGCAUCCUGGCCGGCAUCCUGGUCGUUGUGCUUCCGAUCACGCUCAUCUUCAACAAGUUCUCCCUUUUCUACAAGAGACAGAAGCAGCUGGAGAUCGCAAUGAGAAGCUGCGACUUCGACGAGGGCAUCAAGGAGGUCCCCUCCGUCAACCUGAGGAACUACUACGCGCACAAGGUGAAGUCUCUCAUGGUCAGCUUGUCGAACAUGAGCCGGAGUUCUCCGAGUGAACAGAGUCUGAAUGAGUCGUUACAGUGAAGCUCGGCUCGGAGCUGUCCGGGGUGCUGACACCCGCUGGAGGAGGAGUUGCCUCUCUGUAGCUAAGUGCAAUAACGUAUCAAUGUGUGUGUGUGUGUGUGUGUGUGUGUGUGUGUCAGUUCCGGUGAGACAAUAUAAAGAUCACGUGCACUUUCUAAAGGAGCAACUCGGUUUUGUUUUAAGUGGGGUUCUGUGAAGAAGUGAACAGUAACUAUUGUGGUGGAAAGAUGUCACGUCACAGUGAGUCUGUGGAAAAAAGGAAAUCCUCAGAGCCACUGAAGGCUGACAGGAAGUCACGUUUUACUAUUUCAAAAAUAACUCGACCCUCAAAAUGUUCAUGUCUUUGAAAAUCAACACUGUUUCGUCGCUUUUUGUUUUUCUGCAUUCAGUCUGUCUCCGAAAGCAGAGCUGGGAAUGAGUAUUACGGUUUUCACUUUGGUACUUAGAGAAGAGAGAGAAGCUGUAAUAUUUUCUCCAUGUUAAAUAAUCAAACACAGCAUGAUCACAACUUGGCAUUUUGCAGCACAGAUGUGAAGUGCAUAAAAGUGGGAUAUGGCAAUGAAUACUCUUAAACACAGGCUUAAAAAAUAUAUGAUUAUAUGACAAAUAAAGCAAAUUUUUACAAACCAGUGCACUCGAUCUGUGCGAGAUUGUUCCAAAGAAAACAAACUGCAGUGAUUUAGUUUAUGUGCGUGAAAGCAGCACACACUGCAGCACACACUGCACACAGCCUCCCACUGGCCUCCUUAUCUGUAACUCCGUUCCUGACAACACUGAUGCAUUCUCAAGAUCUGUCUGUUAUCUGAGGAACCAGGUCUUCCUCAGACAUUUGCUCAUCACCUAUAUUGAGCCAUAGCAAAAUAUGGAUGACAUAGGCGGUUCCAGACAGGGGCCAAAUGAGAACAAAAGACAGUAAACCAAUUUCUUAUGACCACAUGCACUGACAGGGAAACGGUGACUAACUGGUCCCUUGAAUGAAUUUCAUUUUCUACUUUCACAGUUUUACUUUAACAGUGAAUUAAAAAUGAAAGUGUUGCAGCUUCAGCUUCAGCUGCAUUAGAAUAAGGUCACAGUUUUCAACUGCAAAUAGCUCUCUGACUCUCACUUGAUUAGGCUUAUAUUACGGCCCCAUUUUUGUUUUAUUUGGUUUAUUCUUUUGUUCUGUGCCCUUUAUGAAGCAACAAUGUCUUCCCCGGGUUUAGAACCGACACUUCUCCUCCAAACAUUCCAAACUCUGCUUUUGACUUGGACACAGACCUGCUUCACUUCCUAACUAAUGGACCUGAGGUGACCUAAUACAAAGAUGUGAGCAAAGUUAUUCACGAGUGAUUUUAAUAACAUUUCUAGUUUAAUUGAAACUCAGCAAUUGUGAAAUUUGUCUGGUUCUGUAUUAGCAGAACACAGACAAAGGUUUGCACACAUUUGUAAAGGAAGCUCAGCUGGUGAUGUUUUAGGUUUGUUUUCUUUUCAGAGUUCCCAGCUGAAAAUAAAACAAGAUCAAGAAAUUCAAAGUCUGUAUAAGGAGGGGCAGGCAAAUAAUACACAGCUGCACCACGUUCAUAUAGAAAUUUUCAGUUGAAGUUGUUUUAAAUUGAUAAACAAUUUAAAAUAGAACUUCCUGCCUGAUCUGCUGUUAACCUUUCACUCUGAGAACUUUUUUCUUUCCUAAAACCUCACUGUGGUUUGCUAUCAUUCUACUGGAAAAAAAAAAAAAAAAAAAAAAAAAAAAAACUGCAAGUGAUCAUAUCUUCACCGGGCCUCAGUUGAAGUGAUUCAAAGUUUCCCCUGAAGGCCUCUUCAUCAAAGUAGGCCAAUCAGAUCACACCAAAACUGAUACCCCUGUUUGUGUUGUCUACAGUCUUAGUGGUCGUGUGGGCGUCAGUGUCACAGCGUCACACUGUUAUCCACCAUUCAGCUGCACUUGUUCUGACGAUAAAAAAAGAAAAAAAAAGAAAAUGUCCACAUGAACCCCCUGGUGUUUCUCCAGUUGAAGGUAACUUGAUGUGUAAAUGUGGUGUUGCAACAGUACUUCAGAUGUUUGGUCGAAACGAAAUAACAAAUUAAAAGAAAACUCCUGUUACA